GUUGUCGUUGCUAUGUGAUGUUCAAACGAGAAAAUAAUAUUUGUUGUUAUCCUUAGUUGCUGAUAUUUUCAGUGAUAUUUCCUAAACUAUUUUAUUGUUUCAUUUCGCAUGAACAGUUUAUUUUCAUUAUGAGUUAUAUCAAUUCAGGAAAAGAUACUAAUGGUCUUCCAGCUAUCAACUCGGCUAGGCGAAUCAAAAUUCUAGAAGAUGAACUACAAUGGUUUAAAAUGCGAGAAAGUGCAGGCAGUGGUAUAAGUGGUCGUGUGACGCCGGUGGGUAUCUUGAAGUACGAUAAUAAGUACGAUGGAAGCGAGACACGCAGGCAGAUCAAUGAGCUUCAAGACCAAGUCAGAAAUUUCCGUGAAGAGUUGAAAAAGAAAGAUAACUUAAUUCAGCAUCUUGUUAGUUUGGAGUCAGCCCCUAAAGUUCCCAGAGCACCUGAUUCAUAUAGAUUAGACAGUCUCUAUCUUGGAGAACGUUCUGCUGUAGACAUGACCAGAAGUGAGUUAGCAGCAGUACAGGUGAAACUAGACAGAGCCCAAGCUCAGAUUGCAGACUUUCAGCGAGAAAUGGAAUCAAGAGACAUCAAAAUCAAAGAACUGCAGCAUUUACUUGACAGUAGCAGGGAGACAGAAAACCGCCUUGGUAGCAUGGUGGCAUCCUUAAGAGAUAAACUGGCUGAGUACGAGUCAAGAGCAGGUUCUUACGAAACUGUAGCUAACAGAGGAGAGUUUACCAUUUCCACUCUUCAAAGAGAAAACAGGGAAUUGAGUGAUAAAAUAGUAGACUUGGAACAAAGGCUACGGAAGAAGACAGAAGACCAUGAGUUGGCAGAGUCAAAGCUGGUAACUGAAGGGAGACGACAUAAUGAACUUCUCAGUCAGAUUAGUUCUUUGUUAUACACUGAAGACUUAACAGAUCCUUAUGGUCCAUCUGUAGACAUUGUUAUACGCAAAUUGAAUGAUAUCAUUCAAGAGAAUGCCAUGUUGAAAGGCAAAAUAAUGACAAUGAAUGAACAUUUAAAUGAAACUCAGCUUGAAACUAAAGCCAGCAGGGAGACAAUUAUGAGGCUUGUGUCUGAAGUUGGUCGUGAACAGAAACAUGCCACAAGAUACACCAGUGAUAUAGAGAACCUGAGACUGGAAAGGGAUAAUGCUCUUGCUGCUCGUCGUGAUCUUGAAAGAGAAAUUGACCUUCUUAAAGAGCGUCUUGAUGCUAGUCACAGGGCUUUGGAGGCCACCAAGAAUGAGCUCCAACUUAAAGAGAACAGAUUCAGUUCCUUGGACAGAGACCUUAGAGAAAAGACUCACAAUGUUCGUUCAGCUAGCACGCAAUUUGACCUUUUCCGUGAACAACUUGCCAACCUUUUGAGCUCAGCUGACAUCAAUGUUGUUCCCAGUGAAGAAAAUGUCAAAGAGUCUGUACGCCAUCUUGUUACUGACCGCAAAGAGUUAACUUUGCGUCUGGAUGAGUAUGAGAACCGAGUCAAGCACCUGACAGAGCAGUUAGAUAAUGAGCUAACCAUACAUCGUGAUAUGGCUCAAAGAUGCAAGAGGUUUGAGGUUGAGGCAGCUGACUUGGCUGAGCGCUUACGUAGUGCUGAGGCUGAGCUGGCUGCUGGAGAUUGUCUCAGGGAUGGUUUCAAGUUUGAUAAAGAAAAGUAUUUACGUGGCCUACAGAAACUGGGUGAAAUCAUGAAAAUGGAUAGAAUUUCUCUUGACCUUGGAUUAGACCUGACAAUGGAUGCAUUGAUUGCACGAGCUGAACAGUUGAUGAAGUUGGAAGCAGAUGCCCUGGCAGAUAAAACAUCACAUGUUUAUAACCUUCAGCGCAAAAUAAAAGCACUGAAAGAGCAACUUGAGAGCAAAGACCUUCACAUUGACCUACUAAGAAAGAAGAUGACCAAUUUGGAAGAGCGUAUGCAUGGCAGAAUCGACAUUGAAAAGCAGAGAGAAUCAGAGAGUAUCAGGGUGCAGAAAUUGGAGAAAUUAGUUGAGAAAUACAAACUUCAGUUGCAAGACUCCAGACAUGAAGUUCAGAACUUGAAAGCUCAAUUACUAGGCUCUAGUGAACUAAAGGUGCGAACUCUUGAACAGCGUAAAGACAUUGAAGAACUUGCCAAACAGAUUGAAGAGUUGGAAGAAAUACGCAAACGUCAGUCUAGAAAGAUAUCAGAGUUGAAAUCUACUGUGGACAACACAGAGACAACCUUCCAGGAGAAGAAAGUGGCUUCUGAGAAUGCAGUGCAGGCUUUGAGUAGUGAGCUGAGAACCACCAAGAAUGCUCUAGACACAUUGAAGUAUAGGGAGAAACAGCUGGUAGAUUUCCGAACUGUUGUGGCUCGAAUGUUGGGCUUAGAUAUCAACACAUUGGCUGUUCCAGAUUAUGAGAUCAUCACCAGGUUAGAAAAGUUGAUCCAGGCUCAUCAUGCUACAACCUUCUCCACACUGUCUCUGGAAGAUGCUCUGCAAGGUGUGCAUGAAGGGAGUGCACCACUCUUCCACAACACCAUUGAUGCCACAGAUCCUGUUAUCGCCAGAUCUAGAGAACGCUCCAGAAGAAAAGCUGCAAAGCUUCGAACCCGAGCACGAUCUGUGUCCCCCAUGAGACGUGAUCCUAGGAUAUAUUAGUUUGAACUAUUUCCUUUUUGAUGCCUUUUGAAACUGAUCCUUCUAAUAAACUGACAGCAAAAGUUGUAAUGUUUCAAUGAAAUCAACAGACUACAUUUGGAAAUGUUGCAUUUCUACAUUAUAUGUCAACAAUUAUUUCUUAGCAAAAGUUUCACUGCAAUGAUGAUAUUUUAUAAAAUUUAGAACUUAAAAAUGAAACUACAGAAAGUCCUGUGAUAAAAUAUAAAUUAUUAAAUGAAAUAUUACCUAAUGCUACCAUCUCAAUGUUUUUAAUGUCCAUUGGAAUUUCAACAUUUCUUCUAUUUUAUAACUUGAAACGAGCCUUGGUACUUGUACUACUUAGUACUUGUACUACUUGGUACUUGUACUACUUAGUACUUGUACUACUUGGUACUUGUACUACUUGGUACUUGUACUACUUGGUACUUGUACUACUUGGUACUUGUACUACUUGGUACUUGUACUUCUUGGUACUUGUACUACUUGGUACUUGUACUACUUGGUACUUGUACUACUUGGUACUUGUACUACUUGGUACUUGUACUACUUGGUACUUGUACUACUUGGUACUUGUACUACUUGGUACUUGUACUACUUAGUACUUGUACUACUUGGUACUACUGAUGGUACACAACUGCACAAGAAUGUUUUUAUUACUGUUUCUCAUUAUUUGUUAUAAGCUUUAAAUCAUACAAUUUUCAUGUAACUUUAAAUUAUAAUACUUUUAAUAUUCCUGCUAGUUCUUGUAAUUUAUAUUUCCAUCAUGUAAACUUUAGAUUUAUCCACAAUAUCUGUGAUAAUUGCAAGGGAAAUUGAUCUUGCACACAUCUAGCACAGUUUCAUUGACUACAUUUUAUAUUAUGAUAUUUCUAGAACAGUUUAACAAUAAGUUAUUUUCUUUAGUUAGUAAAAUGGAAAAUGAGAAAAUGGUAAAAAUGUAUAAAAAUGUAUGAAGAUAUAAUUUCAAUAAAUGGAUGUCCAAUAUUCUUAAAAUCUGCAAAGGUGCAUCAAACUGAAAGGACAUCUCAUUUCAAAUUCUGAAAUCAACAUAUCAUUAUUGUAGGCCUAUUUUUACAAUUCAUUUGUAUUUCUCUGUCUCAGGAAAAUGGACAUCUUUUUUUUUACUACUCAAUUUUAUUAUACAUCAAAAUAUUUUUUAACAGCAACUUUUGUAUGUGUAUUGAAUAUAUUUUUGUUGAGGGCAAUGUGUACUACAUAAUGUAACAUUAUUUAUUAAUAGCAUUUUUUCCCCAACAUUUUGUAAUUUUAACUAUAUAAUUAUUUGCAUAUUAUAUAUAGUUGGCUAUUUCUUUUAUACUGCUAUUUUAAACAAUGAAAAGUAUUUGUUUUUAAAGCAAUAAAAAUAUCUAUAAUUGUUUAGUUAGUAAUAUGAACAAUUGAAUUUUUUCUUUCUUGAGCAAAUUAAUAAGUAAAUGAACUUGAUGAUAUACAAACAAAACAAAUUUUAAAUUUAUCUUUACAGCUUUUGCAUUUUUGUAAUGUUACUUAAAGUUUUACACACACACACAAAAUUCUUUUACAUGUAAUUUUUAAGAUAUCAGGAUGAUGAAAAAAAAAAAAAUCAAAGCAAAUAAGAAAAUAAUAAAAUUGUUUAAUUAAGAAUCAUUUAAAAAUGUUUUACAUACAAUAGAUGCUCAGGUUAGGGUUAGGGUCUAGAAUGUUAGGGUUAGGGUCUAGAAUGUUAGGGUCUAGAAUGUUAGGGUUAGGGUCUAGAAUGUUAGGGUCUAGAAUGUUAUUCUAUGUGCCUUCAACUUACAUUUCCAUUGUGUCCAGAAGUCACUUUGUCUGAUAGACCAAAACGGACACAAAUUUUACAAACUGAUCUAUUUUGGGAAUCUCAAGGUGUUUAAGCUGUGUACAGCUAUGUCAAUUGAAAGAAGAAUCACAUGUUCAGUUUUUAUAAAUGAUAUUUUGACAUCCCCACUUGUCUUUGCUGUCUGGCCAAACCUUAUCAAACCUUGCCUGCUGUUAUCUCCAAUCUGCAGAAUAGCUGGGCAUGUAAGAAGUUAUUGCUAAGUGAUUAUAUCGACUUUCUGUAAAAACAAUUUAGCAGAAGAAAAACUUGGCUAAGUCUAGUUAUGAAAGUUCAGAAUGCUUUUAAAUAUAAAUUCAUUUACAUCAAUUGAUUUCUAUCAAAUUGUGUUUGAUGUUGAUGAAGCUGUACUUUGUAUAUGUAAAUAUAUGUUAUUCUUUUUUUUUUUUUUUGUAAUUCAAUGACACUUGUUGUAUAGAAAGCACACCAGCAGAUGUACUGCACUCUGUACUUCCACCAACUUGAAUGUGACCAGACUCUCUAGUGAAUGUUGUGUUGGUUCUUUUGUUUUAUUUCUUGUUUUCAUCCCCGUGUUGAAUGUGAGAACAGUUUUAGUCACACCCAUUCAUAAUGACAUUUUUAAUUAAUUUUUUGUUUACAUUUUUAUGUUAUAUUUUAAAUAACUUAUAUUUAUAUAGUAGAAAAAUAAAUAAUUCAAACUAUUUUAAA